AUGUUGAACGAUAAGCAGAAGUUCUGUAGCUCACGGGACGCUGUAAGACCGAGUGCAGGCGGAGCGGUGCUCUCGGGCGGGCGGCGAGGAGCGACUGCGCGCUGGCUCCCGCUCAAUACGUUGGCCAUGAAAAUUUCAGCCGAGCUGUCAAACGGUGGCGGCACGCAGGUAGCGCGACGACACGCUUACCUGCCCACCAGCGCUCCCCACAUACCACCAUUUCUCAUUAACGCCGCUAUGCCAGUGUUACACAUGCCGCUCGCAUGCCAACUU